AUGGAGGUGCCACUGUCAGCGCCCGAAGCCGCUGAGACCCUAGCCGCAGUCGGCCGCCAUAUUUACGAUAUAUUCACGGCCUUGUAUGCAGACGAUAGACCUCUCGAACAUGGAGAUUCUUUCAAAACUUCUCUAUUAAUUGAAUCACAACGGUUUAGUCUCUGGGCUAGGAAUCUCGGACUAUAUGAAUAUGGCCACAGUUCUCUGGAUUAUAGGUUUCGUGAUGCCCCUUCGGUAUAUGACUACACACGCCAGUUGUUGGAUAAACUUGAGAAAUCACUUUUGACUAUCCAAGACGGCCUCGAUUAUGAGAAGCUCGAACUGGACAAAGGAGCUAAACAACCUAGCAGCUUGCUACCAAUCGGUCAGCGAGCUGACUACAGCGGCAUUGUUCCGGAGACUGUGCCGGCCCCCUACCAGAAUCAGAAUAGUGACGAAAGCUCCGACGAGGAAGAAUCUUUACUUAGCUACCAAAACAACUCGAUUUCUGCCAUUGAGUUGGAGAAUGCAAGACUCAUCAUCGACACUCUUUAUAAGCUUUCGUUCAAAAUACGCAAUCCCGCAACAAGGCUUGGAUUCUCCAAAGCCCGAACGUACCGUCAAGUGAACGAAGACACUGGAGUGGAUCUAAUGAAUGCGUUCAUCCCGUUUGAUCUCAAACAUGUCGCGGAAAUCUUUGCGCAUCACCUACAGGUGUCGCCGGGAGAGUGCGAGAACGAUUUUCUAGUUCAGCGACUUGCAAGAGCAAACACCCAUCGGAGACGGCAGUUCGGGCAAUGGUGGAACCACAUAACGAAGCUUGAAAGGUCAAACCAUGCUCCUGCGCAAUUCAAUCCCGCGGGACCCGAUUUACAGCUGAAUCCAGGCCUCUCGAAAGCGAAAGGUCAUCCUUCGUUGCCUUCAACAGCCACCAGACUUGAAGAAACAACAAUCAGUUCUGCUUCCAUAAAAACUACCUCAACAUAUGUGGCUCUAUCCAAGGAGGAUGAAGAAACAGAUAUUCACAUUCCACCAUUACCAAAGAACCUUCGUGCAAAAGAUGAGUUCGAGUGCCCAUAUUGUCGCGUUCUCUGCGCAAAACGUCUUUGCAAUCAAUCGGCCUGGGAACGCCAUGUACUCAGAGAUCUGAGGCCCUACGUGUGCACGUACAAGGACUGCACAGAAGCGGAUCAACAGUACGAUAACAUAAAAGACUGGGUCAACCAUGAGAUCAAGAUCCAUCGAGGAUUAGAGCGGCAAAUGGAUGAUCCUUCUGAGCAGUCUUCAGACGCUCAUAGCGAAAGCCAAGAUCCAAGGGAAUUUCUCCCACAGACCCAGCAUCCUAAUCCACUAACUCCUAACGAUGUCUGGCGCGAAGAAUGUCCCAUCUGUCAAGAAACACAUCCGAGUUUUAGUCAUGUCGCACUUCAUCUUCGGAAAAUCGCUGUCUUUGCACUCCCGAAGUCCGCGGGGUCCGAUGAAGACAGCACAGUAGGAGACCAGGGUUCAAAGCAUGCUAACAUAGACGACCAGGACUCCAUGUCAAGCCAGAGCACCUUCGAAUCGUUAGAUAAGGAUCACUUGCACGAGGACGAGACGUACAGUUGGAAGGAGUGGGAUGCCAGGACGCCUGGAGAUCCUGCGCCUAUCGAGAAGACCCAUCAAGACGCCCAGCGUUUUGAACACGCUUUGCAGCAAGUAAACAAAUUUACCCAAAAAGAACUAGAUGUGAAUACAUUCGUUGCCAGACUUGAGCCAGAUAAUGCAUUGCUCUACCAAGGCGACGACAGCUCGGCGGUGGCGCUUCCAAUAGUCACAGGAGAACAACUGAGCUUCUAUGUUCAGAUCCACCCUCUCCAACCCAAUUAUCAAGCGCAGUCGGCUCGACAUGGCACACAUAACUUCUGGGUUCCACCCAAUAUCAGGACUGGGUACACUCGAAAGCCAUGCAUUCUUUUCCGUUGGCUGUGCGGCACUAUGACUCCUAUUUCCGCCAUUGAUCCUGUGGGCCGUUCCCUUCAUCAAACUUACAGUGCUGCCACCAUUUUCACUCACAAUCCGGACACGCCUCACUUGCUUGCGGUGCCUUUCGACGCUCAGAAAAGGCAUGCGUAUCAGAAUCAAGGAGGCUGGAGACCUCUGUCCUUCCACCAUGUUCUAAAUGGCAAUACUCAACAUACAUAUUCUGCUGUUUCAACGGUCGGUGAUCAUCAGCACAUCGCUGCCCCAGGCUCGCCUCACUGGAUGCCUCAGCUUCUACCUAGUGUUUAUGAUAAUCAGGCUGGAAGCCCUAGGAUACAGGCGGGUCUUAUCGGAAGCAUACCUCUACUCAUUGCUCUUGCAGCCUUCUCGGCACCACCGGACGUAUUAGGGGACGUUCUGCCUCUUUGUCUCAGACCGGGGACUUGGCGACCCCAUCUGUACCAGUAUCCGGCGGGUCAUAUCGCGGAACGAGGCAUGAUUGUCACGAUUUUCUUUGAUCCUAUGAAUCCUCAAGGAUCUAACCCAGUUCUUCUCAACAGACUUGAGAACGGCGACUUUGGGCCUUUCUACAAUUAG